UGUGAUUGACUGCCUUUUCAUUCUUUCCUUAUUUCUCGCCUGCUUGGCCCGCCGGAGGGAGCUAUUUACGCGUAGGUGCGCACCUGUCUACCUUCCUCCCGGCCUCACCUGCCUGCGCUGGAGUUGGAAGAUGCGGCUGCGACUGCACUCCGGGGUCUUUGCUUCUUCCUGCCUGUUGGUGCAGGCCUUGGGCGUGGGGCUUUUCCUUAGAGGCUUCUUUCCAGUGCCAGUCAGGUCGCUGCCUCGGAGCGGGGCCUUCGCCAAUAUGCCUCCAGAGCCCCCGGAGACAGAAUCAUCAUCAAACUGGACCCAGGUGAUAUCCCCUCUUUUUAAAAAAGUGGUCAUAGUGUUGAUCGAUGCCUUGAGAGAUGACUUUGUUUUUGGUUCAAAAGGUUUACAAUUCAUGCCAUAUAUAACACAGCUGGUGGAAAGAGGAGCAACUCAUGCUUUUAUAGCAGAAGCCAAGGCACCUACUGUCACUAUGCCUCGAAUUAAAGCACUUACAACUGGUAGCAUCCCAGGUUUCAUUGAUAUCAUCAUGAACCUCAACUCUCCGGCCUUACUGGAAGACAACUUGAUAUGGCAGGCCAAAACUGCUGGGAAAAGGAUAAUAUUCUAUGGUGAUGACACAUGGGUUAGGCUGUUUCCAAAGCAUUUUGUAGAAUACGAUGGGACAACAUCUUUUUUUGUCUCAGACUACACGGAGGUUGACAACAAUGUUACGAGACAUUUGAAUAGUGUAUUGCAAAGAGAAGACUGGGAUUUACUCAUUCUUCACUAUUUAGGAUUGGAUCAUAUUGGUCAUCUGAGUGGACCAAACAGUCCUUUGAUAGGACCAAAGCUUUCUGAAAUGGAUAACGUUAUCAAGAAGAUUCAUAAUUCUCUCCUUUCCACGGAACUGCAGAAAGGAACUUUGCCCAAUUUACUUGUUGUUUGUGGUGACCAUGGUAUGUCUGAAACGGGAAGUCAUGGUGGUUCCUCGGAAAGUGAAAUUCAUACCCCCUUGCUUUUGGUCAGCUCUGCUUUUUACAGGACAGUUGGUCCCCCAAGGCGUCCAGAGCUUAUUCAACAGACUGAUAUAGCUGUCACAUUAGCAUUAGGACUUGGCUUGCCAAUUUCAAGAAACAGUGUUGGGAAGCUUCUGUUUCCUGUUAUAGAGUGGAAGUCAGUUAGAGAACAGCUACGGUUCUUGCAUUUGAACGGUUUCCAACUCAGCAGACUUCUUCAAGAGAAUGUCCCCACAUAUGAGAAAGAUCCUGGAUAUGAAAUGUUUCUGAAAGCAGAAAAAUCUCAUGGGAAUUGGAUCCAGUUCCAUUUGGAGGGCAGUAGUACACAAGUUGUCAUGAAUCUGAGCAAAAAAAUUGUAAGACAAUAUUUGGAAGCUCUCAAGAUCCUGAGCUCUUCUUUAAGCAAGCAAGUGGCCCAGUAUGACAUAUAUUCAAUGGUAAUAGGAACAGUGAUAGUUCUGCAGGUGCUGUUCUUGCUCUUACUGAGCAUUCCAAAAGCCCUGAGCAGCAGGGCUGAAUUUGAGGUGCCCCUCUCCCAACUGUGUUCUCUGCUGUUCUACUUGUUAUGCCUAAUGUGGAGUUCCAUUCACGUAGUUGUGUGUACCUCAACGGAAAGCUUGUGCUAUUUUUGCAGCUUCUCCUGGUUUACAGCAGCUGGAGUUAUCGUGCUAACUUCGGGUCUUUUUUGUGUCAUAAUGUCUUUUCUGGAAAAGAGGUUUAUAAAUCCAAAACAACCAUUGAAGAAUCCAGCUGUUGCUGCUUCUUCCAGCUGGUCUGAAUUAGACGUGCUGAUCCUGGCAGGCACCAUUGGCCAUAUUUCAAGUCUGGGUGCUAGCAGCUUUAUUGAAGAAGAACACCAGACAUGGUACUUCCUGAUCAAUACCCUUUGCCUUGCCCUCUGCCAAGAGAUCUGUAGACACUAUUUCUUGGCAAAGGAUGGUGACCUGCAGGUCCUCACAACAGGCAAGGCAAGAUCAGAAGAAAUGAAAGAAAAUCCUUCCUGCUACAGAAGUGAUAUUGAAUUAUUAGAGGAUGAUUUGAAGAUGGGCAAAGGGGCCAACCUGGUAAGCAUGAAUAACUUUGAGAAGUGGAUGGCCUUAGCAACUCCAUGGUUCAUCCUUAUCAUCUGUAGAGUGCUUCGUUCAUUGAAUCAAACUGGAGUCCAGUGGGUACAUAGGCCAGAUUUUGGACAUUGGCUGACAAGCUCUGAACAUAAAGCUCAACUUUCUCUUCUGGCAUCAGUGUCCCUAGUUGUGAUCUUUAUACUUGUUCAUCGAAGAUGUUCUUUGGUUUCGAAAAUAGCAAUGGCGCUUGGACUCUUGGGAGUGUACAGUUACCGGGCAGCCAUAGGAAAUGUGGAAUUUCCAUGGCAACGAGACAGAACAGAUAUUUCAAAGGGCAUAAUCGAAGCACGUUUUGUUUACGUCUUUGUUCUUGGCAUGAUCUUCACAGGCACAAAAGAUUUACUCAAAUCUCAAGUUCUUCCAACGGAUACUAAGAUCAAGUUUACAGGUUUAUGGGAAAUCUACAGUGGGCUGGUUCUGCUAGCAGCCCUCUUGUUCAGACCUCAUAACUUACCAGUUUUGGUCUCAUGCCUACUCAUUCAAGCCAUGAUGAGAAACUACAUCUGGAAACCACUAGAAUUUGAUGCAGCUCAAGUUACUAUCAUGCAUUAUUGGUUUGGACAAGCAUUUUUCUUUUUCCAGGGUAAUUCAAACAGCAUUGCUUCUGUGGAUGUUUCAGCUGGUUUUGUUGGACUUAACGACUAUGUAGAAAUCCCUGCCAUUUUCCUUACUGCACUUGCAACGUACUCAGGGCCUCUGCUGUGGGCCAUUCAUCUGCUGUGUUAUUUGAGCUCUGAAGUGAACAGGAAUCCUGCAGCAAUGGGGCAUGGCUGCUUCUGUUAUGCACUGUUACGUUCCAUCCCAGUUGCAGUAUACAUUAUUCUGAUCACAGGACUGCGAUACCAUCUCUUUAUCUGGAGUGUCUUUUCACCAAAACUCCUCUACGAGGGGGUGCAUACCUUCAUCACAGCAGCUGUGUGUGCCUUCUUCACAGUGGUGGAUCACCAUCGGUGCAAAGACUGAAACCACUGGUCAGGCAGACUUUUACUUAAUUUCUAGCAAGCGACUGAAUUUUUACAAUGGAAUGAGAAUUCUUGCUGCUAGAUUCCCAAUGAACUUUAAAAAUUACUGUUGGUUUGUUGGAGUAUUUUCUUAUUUGUUUUUCUUAGCAAGCAGAUUUCAUAUCUUGGCUAUGGUGUAACAAAACCAUCCUGAAGUGGCACUUGAAAUGUAACUGGCUGGGAAAGUAAAUGCCAGGGUCAACUUUGUUGGGUGAACAUUGCACAAUCUCCUGUUCCCCUUGCAGUGUUGGAUCUUGUGCCUUCCUGAACUUGGAAUCCUUAAACUGGGAUUUGAAGCUGGUUGAACUUUGGCUAUGCUGGAAUGUAACUAGGUUUAACUACAAUUAAAAAUCCAUUCUGAUCAUUUCAGUACGAGUAAAGGUGGUGGUGUCCUUAAUGUUAGUCCCACAUGAUCGCAGGGUCCACUUGGUUUUGUACUGUGCUUUGCCUAGGUCCAAUGAAGCUUUCAAUGUGUGAUGUAAUAAGAGCUUUCAUUUAUCAGCCAGCCUGUUGCAGAGCCUGACUCUGAUUAGGGCUGGGAGGGAGGGGCUCAAAGUCAACCAGCAAGCUUCCAUGCUUAAGCAAGGACUAGAACCUGGGUCUUCCUGCUCCUAGUCCAGCACCUUAACCAUUACACCUGCUGGCACGCACUUUGGUUAGGUUAAAAUAAUCAGUGCAUAUUGGCAGUAGAGAGGGAAAAGAGCACAGUCCACUCUUAAUUGGAGUAGAGAUAGCACCCCGGUGUCAUCCGGAUGGAUGUGGCUUUGCAUGUUAGAACAGGCGUGCCUCUGAAGUUCUCCCAUGUUUUCAGUUCUUUGUACUGCAGUGGUUCUUACUGAAUGGAAGUCUUCCAAACCACAAUGAUUUUAAAGGUGAGAUUUUCUGUCUGCCACCAGAGUUGUAUGUACCAUUUUAUUUAUUAAAGUUCCUUAUUUCUCUUUCCUAAA